AUGUCUGCUGAAGCUCCAAAGAGAGGUGGUUUUAAGGGUAGAAGACCAAGAAGAGGAAGAGACAAUGGUGAAAAGGCCUGGGUUCCAGUCACCAAGCUUGGUAGACUUGUGAAGUCUGGUAAGGUCACCACUAUGGAAGAAAUUUACUUGCACUCUUUGCCAGUCAAGGAAUACCAAAUUGUCGACCAAAUCUUGCCAGGUUUGAAGGACCAAUUGAUGAAGAUCAAGUCUGUCCAAAAGCAAACCAGAGCUGGUCAAAGAACCAGAAUGAAGGCUGUUGUCAUCAUUGGUGACGAAAACGGUCACGUUGGUUUGGGUGUCAAGACCGCUAAGGAAGUUGCCACCGCCAUCAGAGCUGCCAUCAUCAUUGCCAAAUUGUCUAUCAUUCCAGUCAGAAGAGGUUACUGGGGUUCCAACUUGGGUGAACCUCACUCCUUGGCUAACAAGACCUCCGGUAAGUGUGGUUCCGUCUCUGUCAGAUUGAUCCCAGCUCCAAGAGGUUCUGGUUUGGUUGCUUCCAUCGCCGUCAAGAGAUUGUUGGAAUUGGCUGGUAUCCAAGAUGCUUACACUUCCUCUUCUGGUUCUACCAGAACUACCGAAAACACCUUGAAGGCUGCCUUCGCUGCUAUCGGUAACACUUACGGUUUCUUGACUCCAAACUUGUGGAAGGAAACUGUUUUGACCCCAUCUCCAUUCGACGAAUACGCCAGUUACUUGACUGCUUCCAAAUAA